AUGGCGUCCCCGGCCCAGCAGGCGCCUCAGCCCGGAGGCGGGAAGCAGAAAGACAAAGCGCAGUACGUGCAGGCCAAGCGAGCCUGGCGCGGCGAUGCGGGCGGGUGGCAGCUGGAGCCCGGGCUGCAGGGUAUCCUCAUCACCUGUAACAUGAACGAGCGCAAGUGUGUGGAGGAGGCCUACAGCUUGCUCAAUGAGUACGGCGAUGACCUGUACGGGCCCGAGAAGUUUCCAGACAAGGAUCAGCAGCCCUCUGGAAGUGAGGGAGAAGAUGAUGACAUAGAGGCUGCCUUGAAGAAAGAAGUUGGUGGCAUUAAGGCUUGUACAGAGAUGAGACUAAGAAGAUUCCAGUCAGUGGAGAGUGGAGCAAAUAAUGUAGUCUUUAUCAGGACACUUGGGAUAGAACCUGAGAUAUUGGUACAUCAUAUUCUCCAGGAUAUGUACAAGACCAAGAAAAAGAAGACCCGAGUUAUUCUACGAAUGUUACCCAUCUCAGGCACAUGCAAAGCUUUCUUAGAAGACAUAAAAAAAUAUGCAGAAACAUUUUUGGAACCCUGGUUUAAAGCUCCAAAUAAGGGGACAUUUCAGAUUGUAUACAAAUCGCGAAAUAAUAGUCACAUGAAUAGGGAAGAAGUUAUCAAAGAGUUGGCAGGGAUAGUAAGCAGCCUCAAUACAGAAAAUAAAGUGGAUCUCACUAAUCCGCAGUAUGCAGUGGUUGUAGAAAUCAUUAAAGCUGUCUGUUGCCUGAGUGUUGUGAAAGAUUACAUGCUGUUUAGAAAAUACAACCUUCAGGAGGUAGUAAAGAGUGCUAAAGACCCAUCACAGUUUCACCUAAAGCUGGGCAAUGGGAAAGAAGCAAAAUUGGAACCUGACAAAAAAUUGAAUCAAAAUGAUCCAGCAGACGGAAAAAAUGACCAGCAGGUGGCACCAGAGAACAGUGAGGAGGUAGGGCUGACAGAACCCAGAUCUGAGUCACUCUUGGAGAAUGAGGGAGGAGAUAAACCAGAAAUUGUGAAUCCAGUCUCAGAAGGAGCCAACUGA